AUGCCUGUGAGCCCGAUCCUACUUCGACUGGGAUUAUGUUUCUGGGAAGUUGAAAAAAACCGCACCAAGAAUCAACAACCGCAGUGGAUUUCCCAAUCCACUGUGGUUGUUGAUUCUUGGGGAUUUGCCCGGUUUGUAAAUGUUGGGGAUGAAAGGGGAGAGACGCCUCUACAUCUUGCAGCACGGCGAAGAUGGACUGAGUGUGUCCGUGUACUCUUAGACCAUGGGGCUCUUGUUUCUUCUUCCACUAGGGAAUAUGGUCAUUCUGGGAGCACUCCUCUACAUUUGGCAGCUCGCGGAGGAAGUUUGGAUUGUGUUCGCACAUUGCUUGCAUGGGGAGCCGAUCAGCUCCUGAGGGAUUCAUCUGGGCGAAUACCUUAUUCUGUAGCUAUAAAGCACAAUCAUGGAGCUUGUGCAGCUUUGCUAAACCCAUCAGUAGCAGAACCUCUUGUUUGGCCUUCUCCAUUAAAGUUCAUCAGUGAACUUGAUCCAGAUGCAAGAGCUCUUCUAGAAGUAGCUCUGAUGGACGCUAACAAGGAAAGCGAGAAAAUAAUAUUGAAUGAAAGAAAAAAAUUGUUGUCUCCUGCAAAUGUGGAUGAAGCAUUUCAUGAUGAUGCUUCUGAGGCUAGUAGAUCUUGCGGCACCACAGAGGCUUUGGUGAACGUUACGGCAUUUUAA